AUGCAAUCGUCGCUACAGUCAUUACGCGAAUCGGUGCACGACAGCGAUUGCAUGCUCGAGCUCUCGGACCAGUUGCCGGACCGCUCACUUCCUUCUUCGCCCCGUCACGGCUCGACUUGUUCGGCCAGGCUCAGUGGCGCCACGAGGUCGUCACAAGAACCCGGCACUGCGACCCGUAAUCUUAUUGAGGAAUCACAAUCGCGCCGCCACGCGUCGUCACGCUCCGUCACCCGUCCCCGCUCCAACCCCUCUCGCCCGGACUCCGUCACAUCCACCCGCCCCACUACGCCUGAGCUUCGUCACCCGUCGCGUGCACCAUCGAAACAGUCAUUACAGCACGAAUGUUUUACCCCCAGCAUUUCGACUAGUGAUUCUUGGGAUGAAGAUGAAACUUCUUACAGUCAAGCUCGACAACGUCUCGAUGCAUAUUCGCAAUACUUCGACAGCCAAUACGACGGCGAGGACGACAAUCUGGCUCACGCUUGCUCCCAGCUCGGCCCAGCCUCGAGCGAAUACGCGGCUUCGCACGACGACCGUCGCGUCAAUACCGAAUCCAAACCCUUCGAUAUCCACGUCGAAUCGGAUCUGUACGCAACCUCUGCGCGAGCCCGCGACUCGGAGCUGCCGAGCGUGUGGUCGAGCCGCGAGGUGCAAGCGCUGGCUGACGAGAUGCCGCAACCCCCACAUUUGCGCAAGUGGCUGAACGACCUUGCCGCGCUCAAUGCGAGCCCACGAGAUCGAGAGGUGCCCGUGUCGUCGUCCUCAGUGUGUGACCACCCAAGCUUUCUUGAUGUGUUCUUUGGUACUGCUGCUUACGGUCUUCUGGGUCGACGCGAACAGAUCCGUGGUUAUGGCUCGCUCCUCUCGGACGCUGCAUCCCUCAUCUCGGAAGCGACAAACUCGAGAGCGGUAGACUCGCUCUUCCGAACAGCUCCAGAAGCAACGCCGCGUAGCGCCUGGUCUUUGGCGUCUUGUAGCUCCCGGGAGUUGGAGGAUGAUCCACUUUUACCCGGGGAUUAUUCGUUCGAUACCGAAGAGCCCUCGGGGUACCUCGAGAGUGUCUCUGAAGCCACGGAUGAGGCAUUAUCGAGGUAGGUCUCACGCGCUCGGUGGAGUACAUGCCAUGAUUUCUGAUAUCACUGCCUACAAUCAGCAUCAUUCAUGCUAAGCAAGUGAACGCGUCCCAAAGCGAAUCCACCCUGAGUGGGUCCUUGGUAUCCCUCCCUGCCAAGGGAAUCGGCGCGUGGCGUCUCGUCUCGCUCGCGCUCGCUGUUGGUUGGACGGCGACGAUCGCUCGGCCAUACUGGACUUCCGACCGGGCUGCUCUUCAAGAAGCCGCUCAAACUCUUUCAGCAAUCCUGCUCGAAGAGGUUGCUGUGUCCAUGAUCAGCGCGCCCGUCGAAGAAGUCGUCGUUGCAGUCCUACCAGGCGAUACCGAGUCACCUUCAACAAUGCUCUUGAUCACGCUCGUCUUCGGUGCCGUCAUCAUCCCGUUCAUGACUGCGCACCACCGGCAACAACCCAAGGGCGGAUCCAGCCCCCCCGAAAAAGGUUCUCCCGAGGCUGAAAAUGCCGACUGCAUGACCGAGGCCAUCGAGGCGUACACUCGGGGGCACUUGCAAAAGGCAAAGGUAUUGUUCGAGCGCGUGGCGACGGGCACACCGGAGCAAAAUCGUGACGCUCUCGAGUACCAAGCCCGUACCUUGUACAGGAUAGGUCGCGUACAGGAUUCGGAAAAAUGCUACAGCGAGGCGUGGGAGCUCUUCCACCGCGUCAUCGAGACGGACAAGCUGUCUGGAUGCGAAUCGAGCAGCGCGACGGCCAAAGCUAGCAUGGGUCGCACCAUGUUCCGCCAGGGCAAAAUCGACGGGGCGAGGAUCAUGCUCGAACAGGCGCUCAAACUCGACAGCAAACUUGCGUACGCGCAUGAGUACCUCGCCAAGGUCAUCGCUUCGAUGCAACUCGGUGCGAAGGGGGAACUGACGGUCCUUGGUCACCUCAAAGAAGCGCUUCGGAUCGAUCCGGACCGAUACACCGCGCGCGCUUUCCUCGGCGAAUGGCUCCACCUCAACUGCAAGGGUCUGACGGGCAAAAAGACGUCGACACGUCUGCGACUAGCCGAAGAAGCACUCGAGCACGUCGUCACGACUCGUCCAGACCAUGUGUCUGCGUAUGCUCGACUUGCGCUGCUGGCCCGAACCCGGGGCGACCGCGAGGUCGAGCUCGCUCACUGGAAGCGAGUGCUUUCCAUUCGCGAAGAGGGGUUCUACGAUUUUGACCUUUCGAACGAAACGAACGACCACGCGCGCGGCGAUACGCUCAUCGUUUCGAUCUGCCUGGGGCUCGAUGUGGCUCGUGAAACCGAACGGCUUGAAAGGAUCCGACUCCUAAGCGACGCACUCUCCAAGCCGUCGAGGGCUAAUGCUCUUCUCAGGCUCCUCCAAUCAAUCGCAAUUAUCCACACGAGUCGAGACCUGUCCCCGAAAACCGUCAAGAUCGUCUUUGGUGCCGAGAACGGCAAAGUCGCGGCUUCCGACUCGGAGGACAGCAAAACGAUCAAGGGCUCUGAGAGCCCCGUCGCGGCCAACACCCGCAGUCGCAGUCGCAAGAGCUCUGCCAGUGCCGCCAUGGCGGUCAAAGAGCCCCUUCAAACACUCGCAACGGCUAAGCAAAUCUUGGAGAAUGAAGAGGCAUCGCUUCGAGGCCAGAUCAGGCAAGGAACACCCAGGGACAAGGUCGAAUUACACGGCUUGUUGGCGCUGGCACUUUACGGGCUCGGCAAGUCCGCCGAGGCCAAGGAGCACGUCAAGUGCUACCACUACUGGUCGCAGCUUAAAGCAAUCGCGACCGACGAGACCGCGGCGACCCCGUCCGACCUAAAUGCAACGCAGCGUGAGAUGGCGUUGCGGUGUGAAAUGAUUGGACGCGCUUUGCUCGAGAUGGCGGUGAUGACUUAG